AUGGAAGAUGGCAAGGAUAGACCAGAUCAAUCCGUCCCCUCGCCAGCUUCUCACAACACAGCCGACUUCUACCGCAGACAACCUGUACUCGACCGCCGGAUUCAUAUAAUGGGCAUUGGAAAUGUGGGCAAAUUCAUUGCGCAUGCCCUACGUGGAAUACCGAAUGCGCCUCCGGUAACGCUGAUCUUUGGGGGUUGGGAAAAGUACAACGAAUGGAACAAUUCGCAACAAAGGCUGACGCUGGUCACCGAAGGUGAUGCAGAGAUAAGGGAUGGUUACGACGCCGAACUAGCAAUACCGCGUGUCCGAUACCAUGGUCAAGAGGUGGGCUUGAAUGCUUCCUCUGUAGAUGCUCCAGGAGGGCCUCGAAUUUUGCCUGGAGAAUCAACCGAACCUAUCAGCUCGCUGAUUAUCUGCUCAAAGGCCCCGUUUGUUCUGCAGGCCAUCUCUUCUGUAAAGCACAGGCUGCACAAAGAUUCUGUGGUGUGUUUCCUGCAAAAUGGCAUGGGGGUAAUCGAGGAAGUCAAUAGGGAAAUCUUCCCAGAUCCAGAGACCAGACCACACUAUAUGCUCGGAAUCAACUCGCAUGGCAUGCACACUUCGCGAGACGGUCGUUUUACUACCGUCCAUGCCGGUUUUGGGACGAUUUCCUUGGGUAUCCUACCCCACGAACGAGACCGCAACCCCAACGAGCCCUAUGUACCCGAGUUGAGAUUCACCGCACCAAAAGACAGCAAACCAGUCUAUCCCGACGAGCCCGACAAACUGAACCCAGAGUAUCCACCCCCGAGCAGCGGCAAGUUUCCCUUUACGCCCAACCAACGCUACCUGCUCCGAACCCUCCUCCGCACCCCAGUGCUGAGCGCAGCCUCCUUCUCACCCCCAGACCUUCUCCAGAUGCAACUCGAUAAGCUAGCCGUAAACUGCAUUAUUAACCCCCUCACCGCCCUUCUCGACGCGCGAAACGGUGCCGUCUUGAACAACUACGCCCUGACCCGCACAAUGCGCCUGCUGUUGUCCGAAAUCAGUCUCGUGAUCCGCUCCCUUCCGGAACUCCAGUACAUCCCCAAUGUGACUCAGCGCUUCGAUCCGGGACGUCUGGAAACCGUCGUCGUGGCUGUGGCACACCGCACCAGGGAUAACGUGAGUAGCAUGCUAGCGGAUACGCGCCAAGGUGCACAAACAGAGAUUGAUUACAUCAACGGAUGGGUUGUGAAGAGAGGUGAAGAGCUGGGAAUUCGAUGUGCGAUGAAUUAUAUGAUUAUGCAGUUGGUCAAGGGGAAGAGGAUGGUGGUGCAGCAUGAAAUGGAGGAAGGGGUUCCAUUUGUGGAGGAGAAGAAAGGGGGUAGAGCGGAAGCAGACUUGGUGGUGAAGAGGGGUCAGGCGGAAGCUAGUAAGGAAGAUGCCCGUGAGAAGGAGAAGUUAUAA